AUGUUGCCUGAUGAUAUUUCUUCUACGAAAAGUUCUUCCAUAUUUCUGUCAUUAUUUUCGAGGAAGAAACGAAUAAAUAGAAGUGUUACGGAAUCAUCGGAUGAUAACAAGAAGGUCACUUCUCCUUCUUCUAUGCGAUUUUUAACAAACGGGAAAACUAAUAGUAACACAAAUAUCACUCAUACCAAUGGUUACAGUAAUUUGGAAAAUUCGGAAAUGUUAAUGGUACCACUGGAACCAGCAAGCACAAGUUGGGCCAAAGAAUUUCAACCAUCACAACCAUUAUCAUUUCAACAGCAACAACAACAGUAUAAACUACCAAAAACCGAUUUCACGGAUCAUAAACGAUGUUUUAAAAAUUCCCGUAUGCAUCAGCCUGAGAAUUCUUCAUCAUCACAAUCAGAUACUUUAUCGAAUGUUCGAUCACGAAGCGAAAGUCGGAGUAUGUUUAAAAAAAGUCCGGUAUUAUUGAUAUCAAAAAAAGCUUAUUCGGUUGGUGCGAUGAAUCAAUCAGAUCCAGGAUAUCUCAUGGAAGCAUUAGAAACAUUAGCUGAUGCACAACCUCGGGUAGCUCGUUCAAUCCCGAAACAUGCCAUCAUUGAUACCAGUAAUUUUGCUGCGCGAUCAUUGGAUAAUUGUCUUUUUGAUGCGACAGUAUACGAUGCAAUGCUUCAUGAUUCUCUUAAGGUUUCGUUUCAUUUUCACAUUAAAUAUUUCGUAACCUUCGAAAAUUCCUUACAUAUUAUCAAAUCGAAAUAUUACAUUAUCAAAUAG